UUACAUUGUUAAAUUCGACGAUAACGUCACAUAAGCAGCGCAGCAAUUGUUGUGAUGUGACUUGUGACCUGAUGACAAUGAGUUGAUAACUCUAAGUGUCAAAGUUUUUCAAGUUUAUUUUUCUCAAAAUGAGAUCGUGUUCAGUAUUUUUAGUCUUAAUACCACUAUUUCCACUCUUCCAAUUUACAGCAAGUCUUCAUAGAAAUUUAAAAUAUUACGAAACACUCGAGAUUUCUCAACUAGAUCAUAGAAUAGUGAAAAGAGGCACUCAACACAGUAAUCAUCCUUAUAAUAAAAUAAGCGAAAUUGAAUUUCAUACACAUGGAAGACAUUUUCGAUUAAUUUUAACUCCGAGACGUGAAGUUAUACACUCUAAUUUCAAGGUGUAUGAAGUCGAUGGCGAUGGGAAAGAAACAAGUGUUCACUUAGAUCAUGACAAUUUUUACCAUGGUCGAGUAUUUGGAGAAAUUGAUUCUCACGCACAGAUUCAUAUCGACGAUGGAGUUCUCACGGGAACUGUUACUGUUCCUGAUGAGACUUUUCAUAUUGAACCAUCCUGGAGGCAUCUUCCCCACUUGGAUAACAAAUCGAUGAUAGUUUACAAGGCGUCGGAUGUAAAAUUAAGUUGGGAACAUUUUGAAAAUGGAGAAGGACACACGCAUAGUGCUCCGAAAACAUGUGGUUACGUUAAAGAAAAAUCAGAUAUUCCCGAAGAAGAAUUGGAAAUUGACGUGACAAUUGAGGAAGAAAAUGACAAUCGAAGAAGAAAAAAGAGGCAAACUGAAACCUACGAAUAUACACCAACAAAAACACGUUGCCCUCUUUUACUCGUAGCCGAUUACAGAUUCUAUCAGGAAAUGGGAGCAAGCAGUACCAAAACAACAAUUAAUUAUUUGAUAAGUUUAAUCGAUCGAGUGCACAAAAUAUACAAUGACACUCUCUGGCAGGAUCGUCAAGAGCAAGACGGAUUCAAAGGAAUGGGAUUUGUUAUUAAAAAAAUAGUCGUUCACAGUGAGCCUACUCGUGUUCGAGGGGGUGAAACGCAUUACAAUAUGGUGAAAGAAAAAUGGGAUGUUCGCACACUUCUUGAAGUAUUUAGCAGAGAAUACAGUCACAAGGAUUUUUGCUUGGCUCAUUUGUUUACUGAUCUAAAAUUCGAAGGUGGAAUCUUGGGAUUAGCAUAUGUUGGUUCACCACGCAGAAAUUCUGUCGGUGGAAUUUGCACUCCUGAGUACUUUAAAAAUGGCUACACUCUGUAUCUUAAUUCCGGUUUGAGCUCGAGUAGAAAUCAUUAUGGACAACGAGUAAUAACUCGAGAAGCGGACCUAGUGACUGCCCAUGAAUUCGGGCACAAUUGGGGUUCAGAACACGAUCCUGACAUUACGGAAUGCAGUCCAAGCGCUAGUCAGGGCGGCUCGUACUUAAUGUAUACCUACAGCGUCAGUGGUUACGACGUGAACAACAAGCGUUUCUCGCCGUGCAGUUUGCGAUCGAUUCGAAAAGUUCUACAAGCGAAAAGUGGAAGAUGUUUUUCGGAACCCGAGGAAUCGUUCUGCGGAAAUUUACGCGUCGAAGGCGAUGAGGAAUGUGAUGCUGGUCUCUUGGGAACAGAAGACAAUGACGCGUGUUGCGAUAAAAAUUGUAAAUUACGCCGUCAUCAAGGCGCAGUUUGCAGUGACAAAAAUUCGCCAUGUUGUCAAAAUUGCAUUUACAUGCAACAAGGAACGAAAUGUCGAGAAGCUCAAUACGCCACAUGUGAACAGGAGUCGCGUUGCACUGGAGCGACAAGUGAAUGCCCCCGAUCGCCACCGAUGAAAGAUGGUACCGGUUGUCUCGAAAGAGGACAAUGUAGAUUGGGAAAAUGCGUUCCCUAUUGCGAAACGCAGGGUCUACAGAGUUGCAUGUGCGAUACAAUUUCAGAAGCUUGCAAGAGAUGCUGCAGAAUGAGUUUGAAUGAAACAUGUUUUCCGAUCGAUCCACAAGAUAUUUUACCCGACGGCACUCCUUGCAUUCAAGGCUUUUGUAAUAAGGGUGUUUGUGAAAAGACAAUUCAAGACGUUGUAGAGAGAUUUUGGGAUAUUAUUGAAGACAUUAAUAUCAAUAAAGUUAUAAGAUUUUUGAAGGACAAUAUUGUUGGGGCGGUUAUCAUAAGCACUGCUUUGAUUUGGAUUCCGUCAAGUUGUGUAAUAAGUUACAUUGAUCGUCGAAGAGUGAAAGAGAAUGAGAAAAAGUGGCGCUGGAAAAAUACUGAUGAACUAAUUCAUCCGGAAGAACGGCGACAAGUCAUUUAUGUUGGUUUACCACGUCGAGUACAACACGCGACUCAACAAACUUAAUAAUAACAGAAAAUUAAUUUUAUUUUCAAACAAAGAUACUAGUCAGACAAAGUAAUUUAUAUUUACAUUAUUUAAUUUGUUAAUUUUUUUUCACAUUUACCACAAAUACGUGGGGUGAAUAUUAAUUGCCAGUUACUAAAAGUUUUACUAAUUUUUAAUUUUAUUUAUACGGUGCUUACAAAUAUUUUUUU